AUGGCUAGUAGAGGUAGAGGAGUUAGAGAUAUUAAUGACCUCAUGGAGCGCAUGGCUCAAAUUCUGGAGACCUUGGUGCAUAACCAGGGUGGGGAGUCGGUCGAAUAUCGAGGAUUGUCUGCCUUCACUAGGCACGAUCUUCCAAAGUUUGAGGGAGAAUUCAACCCUGAGGGAGCUCAAAGGUGGUUGACGGAUGUAGAGAAGGUUUUCAAUGCAAUGGGGUACCGUGAGGAACACAAGGUGAACUACGCCACUUACCUAUUGUAUAGGAAGGUGGAAGACUGGUGGAGGUUUGCCGGUCAGACAUUGCCACAAGAAGGUGGCUACAUUCGAUGGGAGACCUUUAAGGCAAUCUUCUUAGGCAAUUACUUUCCCCGGGAUCUGAGGAAGCAGAAGGCCUGUGAAUUCCUUGAGCUGAAGCAAGGAAGCAUGACAGUGGGGGAAUAUGCAGCAAAGUUCUAA